AUACCUUUCGCUUCACCGUACCAGUAAAAAGAUCAACACUCCAGAGUUUCGAGCUAUAGAAUCAGUUACAACCAACCAACCUGCAAUCGAUUCUGAAUUGUAUUAAUGUCUCUCUCGCACUCUCAAAUCGGUUAUUUGAUUCCUCUGAAUCAAAAUCUUGAAGAAGAAGAAAAAGCUUCAACUCCUAAGCUAGCUAUCUCCGACGGCACAAAUAUCAUCGGACGGAACAACCUCGCCGUCACCGACAAGAGGCUCAGCCGCAAACACCUCACCAUAACCACUUCUACCGAUGGCACUGCAAAUUUGCAUGUGGAAGGGACGAAUCCAGUUGUUGUUAAUUUUGGGAAUAAGAGAAGGAAGCUUAACUCCAAAGAAACGGUUACUAUUUCUAAUGGAGAUGUAAUUGAGCUCAUUCCUGGUCACCACCUUUUUAAAUAUCAAGUAUUGCAAAGAUCUUCAAGGGGUGCAGAUAAAGAAGCCCAUGAUCGAGGAAGAAGUGGAGUCACACAAAAGUGUGAUAAAAUUGCAGUGACACAAAAGUGUGAUAAAAUUGCAGUGACACAAAAGUGUGAUAAAAUUGCAGUGACACAAAAGCGUGGUUAUUCCCGGUCACGUGAGGAAGCUAUUCGUGAUUUUUAUGUAGCUGAAGAUCAAAUACCUUGCACCUUUCGACUUUUGCGUGUGCAAAGGUUACCGGCCUGGGCUAAUACUUCAUGUGUUUCAAUAAGUGAUGUUAUACAGGGGGAUAUUCUAGUUGCUAUCCUUUCAAACUACAUGGUAGACAUUGACUGGUUGGUUCCUGCUUGUCCUGCACUUUCAAAAGUUCCCCACGUGCUUGUUCUUCAUGGAGAGGGUGAUGAGAGGGUGGCUUGCAUGAAGAUAAGCAAACCUAAAAAUUGGAUUUUACACAAACCGCCUCUUCCAAUCUCAUUUGGGACACACCAUUCAAAGGCCAUGCUUCUUGUAUAUCCUCGAGGAGUAAGAGUCAUCGUACAUACAGCAAACUUAAUUUAUGUAGAUUGGAACAAUAAAAGCCAAGGUCUGUGGAUGCAAGAUUUUCCAUGGAAAGAUCAAAAUAGUCCGAGCAAGGGAUCCGGAUUUGAAAAUGAUUUGGUUGAAUAUCUCAGUGCACUGAAGUGGCCAGAAUUCUCUGUUAAUCUUCCAUCCCUCGGAAACUUUAGCAUAUGUCCAUCAUUUUUCAAGAAGUUUGAUUAUAGUGAUGCAAUGGUUAGAUUAAUUGCAUCUGUACCUGGAUAUCAUUCUGGUAAUGGUUUGAAAAAGUGGGGUCAUAUGAAGCUUCGUUCUGUGCUCCAAGAAUGUACAUUUAAUGAAGAGUUUAAAAAAUCUCCCCUUGUUUAUCAGUUCUCCUCCCUUGGCUCUUUAGAUGAAAAAUGGAUGGUUGAAUUGGCAUCAUCAAUGUCAGCAGGUCUCUCUGAAGAUAAAGUACCCCUUGGCAUGGGGGAGCCUCAAAUAAUAUGGCCUACUGUAGAAGAUGUCAGAUGCUCAAUAGAGGGUUAUGCUGCUGGCGGUGCAAUCCCAAGUCCUAUGAAGAAUGUAGAGAAAGCAUUUUUGAAAAAGUAUUGGGCAAAGUGGAAAGCAAGCCAUACUGGUCGCUCCCAUGCUAUGCCACAUAUAAAGACUUUUGCUCGUUACAAUAAUCAGAAUCUCGCUUGGUUCUUGUUAACUUCUGCAAAUCUGAGCAAAGCUGCCUGGGGAGCUCUUCAGAAGAAUAACAGCCAGUUGAUGAUUCGUUCAUACGAGCUGGGAGUGCUCUUUCUACCGUCAUUAUUGAAACGCGGAUGUGGAUUUUCCUGUACCAGUAAUGUGAAACAAUCGAAGGAUAAAUGCUCAACACAGGGAACAUCUGAAAUGAAGAAAACAAAGCUAGUAACCCUAGCUGCACCGACAAGGGAUACUACACAUUCAUCUUCUGAAGUUAUCAUCCAGUUACCUGUGCCUUAUGAGCUCCCUCCACUGCCUUAUUCUUCCGACGAUGUGCCCUGGUCUUGGGACCGGCGAUAUUUUAAGAAAGAUGAUUAUGGUCAAGUUUGGCCUCGGAUGUAAGCAGUUCAAGAUUGAUGGCAUUCUAAGUGUACAUAUGAGUUGGUCCUUUCUCCCCUAUCUAAUUCAGAUGUGGUAAGUUUGAAAAACAUGACACAAUUGGUUUUGCAACAAAGAGAUCCCUUAAUUUGGAAAUGAUUGAAUGGGUUGCAUAAGGUGCUUCAUGAAGUUUUAAGUCUAUAUUUAUUAUAUUUAUAUACUAUAUUGUUUCAUAAAUAUAAAAUUCUUUUGACAAA